AUGAAGCACAUCAAGAAGUAUGUUGAAAUGAUGAUGCACGAGAAUGUCUCCAGAGCUGUGUUAGUACUUCAACAGAACCUAACUCCAUUUGCAAAGUCGUUUCUCAUAGAAUUGGAGCCAAAGAUCCAUUUGGAAGUUUUCCAGGAGGCCGAGUUGCUUAUAAACAUCAAGGAGCAUGUUCUUGUUCCUGAGCAUCAGGUGCUCACACAUGAGGACAAGAAGACGCCAUUGGAGCAGUACACCUUAAAGGAAACUCAGUUUUCUUGCCAGAUGAUAUGGGCCACGAUUUCUAUGGUUGAUGCUGAAAAGAAGCUCUUGGCUCAUGCCCUACAAGAUCCUGAAAACUAG